UUUUAGAAUGAGAUCUGCAAUGCUGACAUUCGAAUUUAACAACAAAGAGAGUCGUUUCGCCGAUUUGGGAGAAGCAAGAGAUUGGCUCGAAAAGCUCGAAGAAGAAAUUGCAUUGAUCAUGGGUAUGCAAGAACAUUGCUCCAGACCGACCCUUACCCCGAAAGAAAGCGCUAAAAAUAAAGCCGUGGUGAAUUAUAGUGCGGCAACCCUUGCGACUCUUCAACGUAAAAAAUCUGAGUUUGAAAUAUUUUUGAAAAAUGCUGAGGAUACAUUGGCCACCGUUUCCUCUCCAUGAACAUUCUGCCGUCGAAUGUACUCUUAACAACUCAAAAACCUUUAUAACUCUUUAAUUUUUUUAAUUCGUAGUAAACUAUUAUUACAACGUUGUUUAACUAUAGUUCAAUAGUAACGUUGUCUUACUAUUGAACUAUAUCUUUUCGUAAAGCCCUUUGAAAUCUAUAACUUCCGUUACUUACAUUUUAUAACCUUCUUUAUUUUAUUUUCUCUUCCUUCAGACAUGUCUUUUACAAGAUGCGACUAAUUGAUGUUUAUAAACAAUUCUAUUCAAUAAAUAAUUGUUUAGGCAAUAUAUGAUAA